AUGACGAAAGCCGAGCAGAAGAGGGCCGUGCAAUUCACGCGCAUGUGUAAAUUCUGGCGGACCAACGAGUGCAAAAUGGGGGCAGACUGUACGUUUGCACACUCCACGGCGGAGUUGCGUCCCAGCCCGAAGCCUUGUUUUGACUUCGUGAAGAACGGGUUCUGCUCUCGGGGAGAGGCCUGUAGAUUCGUGCACCAGCUGACAGACAAAAAGGCCAAAGCCAAGUUUAUGCAGAUGCAACAAGCAAGCUCCCCGCCACUCCAACCUUAUACAGAUUUCCGCUUCCAGCCAUAUCUUGAUCAGUCCCAGUUUGGUUUUGCCGGCUACAUGGGCAAUGUGAUGCCGGUGCAGAGCCCCAUGAGCUCGGCAGGGCAUCAGCCCUUUCCACCGCAAUACACCCAUCUGCCGUGGUCACCUGAGUCGGAUGCCACCUUGGGAGGCGGUUUCGUUCAAUCGAAACCACGACUGGACGACAUCCCUGUACCCAUGAGCCUCAUCGGCGAUGCAGGUCACGAGACCGGCAAGUCGGACACGGCA